AUGCAUUCCCUUCGGGGCUUCUUGUAUGGGGUUCUGCUGCUGCUUCUAUGCGUAUGUGCGCUUGGCGCGGAUGCGAAGGAACAGGCACCGUUGAAAUCAAAAUAUAAUACGGCAUCGCGCAAUGUCGCAAUCAUUGGUGCUGGAUCUGCAGGAGCUUCGACUGCCUACUAUUUACGAAAGUUUGCAGAACUAUCAGGAGUACCACCCAACAUCACUGUAUUUGAGCGAGAAACCUAUAUUGGAGGCAGGUCGACCACUGUUGAUGUCUUUGAUAACCCUUCCUAUCCAGUGGAACUGGGAGCGUCAAUUUUUGUCUCAAUAAACCACAACUUGAUGGAUGCUGCAAAAGAGUUGGGCCUCAAAAUUUCGAGUGCCGGGGGCGAUCGACCAAAAGAUAGUGACAAAAUGCUCGGUAUUUGGGACGGCGACAGCUUUGUCUACACGCAAGGCCAUUCAUUGAGUUGGUGGGAAAUGGCGAAGCUCCUUUGGCGAUACGGGCUGGCUCCGAUUCGCAUCCAAAGCCUCAUGAAGAAUACAGUAAACAAGUUUCUGGAGAUGUACAAACCGCCAUACUUUCCAUUCUCGUCAUUAUCAUCGGCUGUGCAAGCCCUUGAUCUUCUCCAGGCUACUGCGGUAACUGGUGCUCAGUUUCUGGAAACGAACGGUAUCUCGAAAUCUUUCUCGAAUGAAAUUAUCCAGUCGAGCACUAGAGUGAACUACGGGCAGAAUCUUGGUCUUAUUCAUGGUCUCGAGACUAUGGUCUGUAUGGCAACUGAUGGAGCUGUCGCAAUUGAGGAUGGCAAUUGGCGUAUCUUUUCGGGAAUGCUGGACUCUUCUCGCGCGGACAUUAGGUUGAACUCUACGGUGACAGCCAUUGAAGUGAACAGCGACGAGACUUUGACACUCUCUUAUUCAAUCAAUGGUAGUAGCAUCUCAAGCAGUACAUUUGAUGAUAUCGUGAUUGCAGCCCCAUUCCAGUAUAGCAAUAUUGAGUUGUCGCCAUCGCUCGAGAGCAUUCCUGACAAAGUCCCAUAUGUCAAACUCUACGUGACGCUGUUCGCCUCACCUCACCGAAUUUCUCCACAAUACUUCAAUCUAUCAAAACAGAAAGAUGUCCCAGACAUGAUAUUAACGACGCUACCCAAAGGACUUGACCUGGGAUCCCGCGAAGACGGGGUUGGCCCCACAAGCUUUUGGAGUAUCAGUUUGUUGCGAAUAGUCGAGGCGCCUGCAGAGGGCCCACACCAGCAGCACUAUGUCUACAAGGUGUUUUCACCGGAGAGGCCAACAGCCGGGUUUUUAGCUUCUGUCCUUGGAGUGGAAAUACCUGAAGCUAAUCAGAACGGCACAAUCGGCGACAUUUCGAGAAAGGAUGUUUCUUGGGUUCAUGAGAAGACGUGGCAUCCUUAUCCAUAUGAAUAUCCGCGUGUAACAUUCGAAAAAAUCAGACUGGCGAGCAACAUCUGGUACACUGGUGGUAUCGAAAGCUUUAUUUCAACUAUGGAAACUAGCUCUCUUAUGGGUAUGAAUGUGGCUGGACUCAUGACGAAUGAAUGGCAGGAUAAACUGCAGCUGGGGAAGCCUGUGAACUGGAGUGGCUGGGCUGGGCAGCGCAAUAGGGAGUUGUAAUUAUAUUUUUUUUUCUCUCUUGUCUAUAAGAUGAGUGCCUUGACCUAUAAUGAAUAAUUCAUUACAGUAUAACUGGCUAUAACGAACCUUGGAAAGGACGGUCGCUCCAUAUUUCCACUGAUCCC